UAUAUAGUGAGCAAGGGUGCAUCGUAUAUACUACAGAUUCCUUAGGUUGAAGCAUUUUUAUGCAGCUUUUUCAUUGUGUCACAUUUUGUUUUUAUAACAGCUGUGCAGAGACUUUAAAUUUUUUUUUAAGUUUUAAAUGCCUAAUAUGAUUGUUCUGUCAUAUCAGAAAUCAAGGUAGAAAACUACAGAGCUAACCAUAGCUCUACAGUCUGUAAUGGUCUAAAAGUGUUUCAGUCAUGCCAGUGUCAAGGGCUUCUCCUGGCACCUCUGUGGUGUUAAUGUUGACCUAGUUAUAUGUUUUAAAGUUGCAAGUUAUGAAAGCAGACAGCUAGUUUUGUGUAUGUACACAUGCACUGCGCUUGCCAGUGCUACACCACAGAAAUAUUCCAAAAGACACACUGCUUACUCAUAAUUUGAAGUUGGUGUGUGUUCAUUUUUAAAUCUGCAUAUGGUCAGAGCAUAAGUGGUUGGUUUUUAUUUUUGCCCCAAACUGAAAUAACUUAAGGCAGCAUAGGAUAAUGGUGUUUUUUAAACCUCCUGUUUAUUGUUUGGAAGAAGUGACCAUAAGAUUUUUGGUCAUCAGCACAAAGCUUCAGAAAUUGUGUCAGUAAGAGGUAGAAAUGAAAGCGUGGAAAACCUUCACGGCACUGCUCAGCAGAGGCAGGACUGGCCACAACAAGCAGCUGUGCAGCACCAGAAGGCAGCCAUUCCCUUCUUUCAUGUCAGGACUAGAGAUUAGAGUCGAGAUGGCUUUUAUUUUUGUUUUAUAAAUUCCCACACUAUUUUAAUUCUCAGAAGUGAUCUCUGGCCUAAUAGACUGCAUUUUGUAAUCAUGGAAACUUGGAGAUUUCUGUGUGCUCAAGGGAGGCACAUAUCUGAAAACUAAAAAAAUAAUUGGAGAAGGGAAACUUCUGCACUACUACAGAGUAUGUGUUAACAUGCCUGUAGAGACUGUGUAUCUGCCUGACCACAGGAAGCCCUUUGAAGAUAGGACAGGCUAUUGGAUAACUCUUAAGGAGCUGCUUUUUUGAGUAGUUUCUUGCAUGAUGUGUUCUAAUCAGGGUCAAACCCAAACCUACAGUUUGGAAUCAGAUACCCCAUCUCUUCAGAAUGGAAUCUCUUGACUGCCCAGACCUGUUGCUUGUCUUUCCUUUCAUUUUUAAAUGCAAAGCUCUUUUAGCGCUCACCGUAAAGUCAAAGUGCUGCUGACCACAUACAGUGUCCUAAUGGGAUACAAAAACAAGUCGCCUUGGAGUCCAUCCAGUUUGGGAAGUUUGUAUGUGGCAAGCUCCUCCAUGAGGUAACAUGGCAUUGAAAAGUCGCUCUAUGGCUGGGCAUAGAUUUGAAUUGUUUACAAGGCUGCUGCGUGUACCACCACCACUUGUCCAAGUUGCUGCAGGCAGGAAGUGAUCGGAUAGAGUAGAUGCCUUCAGUAAUUAGACAGCUUUGUAAUGAAUUAACAAAGACUAAAAAGCUGGAAGUUUGUAUAUACCAACUUUUACCUGGGGCGGGGUACCAGGGAUACUGGGAGAGAGGGGUUAUAAUAGAGUAAGGGAGGGGAAUGUUUAUUGCCACAGGUACGAUGUGUCACCUUAACAUUGAGACCUCUGCCUCAUUGAAUUCAGGUUUUUUAGGUACUUGAAACUCUUCAGAUUCUCCUUCUUUUAGUUUCUUUUUAAAACUUAUGAAGUAGAAAGCAUUGUUUUGUAUACUAUUUUAAAAAUAAAUAGCUAGUCUCUUGCCCUCUUGAACUUGGAUUAAAGACAAAGUUCUGCAAAUGGGAGCUCAUGUUAAUAGCUGAUGUGUCACAUUUAUUGUGUAUCUUUGAGGAAGAGACUCCUGCAUGAGGUAUCAGCAUUUUUAUGAAUAUGUAUGUUCUUUAUUUUGUCAUUUUGUCAAUCCCAUCCCCAAGCACCUCUCAAUAUAUGUCUGUGUAGGGAAAAAAUAUUGCUCUUAUGUUACACUCCUAACAUGCUGUGUAUUAAGUUUGUGUUUAAAAAAAAUUUCCAUUAUUUGGCUUCGUGUCAGUCCAUUGAAAAGUGACAAAUUUGGGCUCUUCUGGCACACAUGUAUGAAGGAGGAGAAGAAGAGAAUUAUCAGUCCUUCAGUAGACUCCAAAAGUCAUUUUACUUCUGGUAAAAAAAAAAAAAAAAAGGAAAAUCGUUGCCAAAGUCAUUAUUCAGUACUUAGUUUUCCUGUGAUGUCACUCCAUCUAAUGGAUGAAAAAACACCCUCAACUUCCCUGUCCCCUUCUGUGCCUGCCACAGACUCCUGAUGUGUGCAAGUAAGUUGAAAGUGUCUGUCAGAUGGCAUAUACAAGGUAGGAGGUAUUUAUAAGGUAUUCUUGUCAGUUAGAAGUGGGCUGGAUAAAUUUACACUUUUUGUUGUCAUUAUUUUUCUCUCAUUUGUUCUGUUACAUAUUCUGUGUUAACAGAAUCAUAUUGGCUAUAAAUACCAAGAUGCUAAAUGAUUACAACUGUCUAAAAAGACCAUCUUUUUCAUACACAAGGGUUUGUGUGUAUUUGGAACUGACAGAAUCAUUUGUGCCCAUUGGAGUGACACUGCACAACACACACAUAUACCUACAGAUUCCGUUUCCAUUUUAUGUUUAGAUAAUGGCCUUUGUAGAUUAUUUCUGUAUUUUGUUUAUCUGUAAUACACUUUGUAGACCCUGUGAAAUGUUAUUUUGCCUAAAUCACUUGAGACUUGAGUCUUUAAAUAACAAAGCAUUGAUAUUCAUUAAAAUCAGUCUCUAGUUUCUGUGACUUGGCUAACUCUUGACACUAAAGGAUUAGUGUUGUUAAUUGUCCCUGGGGUGUUCACUAGGGCGUUACUGUAUUAUGAUUUGAUGUUGCCACAUAGACUUCCAGAUAUAUAGUAUUUUGAAGAUUCUGUUGAUUGACCUGUUUUCUUGCAAAGUGUGAAAUGUGCAAAGCUUGGAUAACCUGUAUAUAGAUAGCUUGUUGACUAGUUAUAGUGCACUUAGGACUGCCUGUGAUAUUUAAGCUGCUUUCUGAUGUGUGUGCUGGUAGGGACAUAAUUUUUGUACAUUAUAUUUACUGAGAUGUUUCCUUUUUUAUUUUGCAAACACUUUGGAUUUCAAAUGUGUUUUCUGCUUCUGUGAGGAUUAAUUUGGAAAGGUUUUUAAUGACAUUCCACUAAUUUUAGAUUUUGCUUGAGAUUGACUUCAAUAAAUUGUCCUGUAUGUUCCAAAGUAAAUAUGUGGGCUUGUUCUUUACUUUUACUGCUACAACUCACUGGGCAGGAGGCCAUCAUGGGUAAGGGGCACAAAAUGGCACAACACGUCCAAUCUCAGCCCGUUUUUCUUCCUGCAAAAUGCUGCAGUGCUGCUGGAAAUGUGGAUCUUUUAAAAACUGGGUUUUCUCUUUUGUUUUCAUAGAGGCUAGUCCUUACAGAGUGGUUGCGCCUUCAGCCCACUGGUUUGAGCCCCACAGGCGACCUGCUGCUUGGCCGGACACUGGGGGGAGCCAGAGGACGCACCGCUCGCUGUCGUUGCUUUUGCUGCCGAGGCCUUGAGAACCGGCAAAGCUGCCAGUCCUACUUCCUGCUUCCUUGAGGCCGAAGGCCGCGGCUGGUGCGGCUCCCUCCCGCGGACGCUGCGCUGCAGGAGCGGGACCGGGACCGGGACGGGGACGGGGAUGGCGAGAGCGGCCGCGGCCCUCGGGGCCGAAGUGGGUGUGCGGGUGGCGCUGUUUGCGACCUUCCUGGUGACGGAGCGGCUGCCCGCCUUCCAGAGGCGCAUCCCGCCGGAGGAGAUGUGGCGCUACCGGAACCCACUCGUGGAGGCCGAGUACUUCCCCGCCGCGCCCACGUUUGUGCGUGGACACGUGGUCGUGGCGCGCCGCCCCUCCCCCACACGCCCACCUUCCCAACAGCGCGGGCUUCCGCGGUUACCUGCGGUGCGUUCCGUCCUGCAGGUCAUUGCAUUCCUCUCUCCACUGUCUCUCAUCUUCUUGGCCAAGGUCCUCAAGAAGGCGGACGCCAGCGACAGCAGACAAGCCUGCCUGGCUGCCAGCCUUGCCCUAGCUCUGAAUGGUGUCUUCACCAACACGAUAAAACUGAUUGUGGGGAGGCCACGCCCAGAUUUCUUCUAUCGCUGCUUCCCAGAUGGGCUAGUCCACUCUGACUUGACGUGCACAGGGGACAAGGAUGUGGUGAAUGAGGGCCGCAAGAGCUUCCCCAGUGGACAUUCCUCAUUUGCAUUUGCUGGUCUGGCCUUUGCAUCCUUCUACCUGGCAGGGAAGUUACAUUGCUUCACACCAGAAGGUCGUGGGAAAUCUUGGAGAUUCUGUGCUUUUCUGUCACCUCUACUUUUGGCAGGUGUAAUUGCACUAUCCCGCACCUGUGACUACAAACAUCACUGGCAAGAUGUAGUAGUUGGAUCCAUGAUUGGAGUGACAUUUGCCUAUGUCUGCUACAGGCAGUAUUACCCUCCUCUGACUGACGUAGAAUGCGAUAAACCAUUUCAGGACAAACAUACACUUCCCACUGCACAGAAGAAGCCAGAAAAGGAAUGGCUGUCUAAGGGAUGGCUUCAUUGUGUAUUGAAUACCAGUGCUUUGGAUACCAUGAUACAUUUACCAAAAUAAAUUUACAGAAAAC